GGAUGAGGACUACAUUUUGCAGAGGUGUGGAGUGUGUGGAUGCCACAGUGAGCCACUAGACUGACGUCUCACCGAUAGCGCAGACGAAGACCGCAGCCUGGCUAUUUUACACACUUCGCUACAGCCAAGCAGUCGACAAUCUCGUCAGGAGAGAAGAGAGUACAAACUUAAGCAACGACAGUUUUGCAGCAUGUUCUACCUUCGACGAUUUCCGUUUAAACACACCCGCUCAGCAAUCGUUUGAUUUUGCUGGUGUUCGGCUAUUUUUUGGAAAGCUUCGUCCUUUCACCCCUCGGCAAAUGCAAAAAACCUCGCCCUCUAUAUUGGAAUGAUGUGGACCUUUCAUGAUAUUGUUGGAAUUGUUUUUUUAGCUGGAUUUUGUGUGCAACUCGGAUUCUCCUUUGAAGGUCACUUCACGGAUCUGCCCUCCAACAUGACGGUUAAAGAGGGACAAAACAUUGAAAUGGCGUGUGCUUUCCAGAGCGAAGCUGCAUCGGUGUAUUUGGAGAUCCAGUGGUGGUUCGUGAAGGCACCAGAACCCAAUGAAAGCGAGGAGGACAUCGAUGCUGAAGAGAUGGAGAUAUUAGCGGAACCUGAUCCUGAUGACGAGGGGACAAAAAUAAGUACAGUGAAAGUCCAGGGCAAUGACAUCUCACACAAGCUGCAGAUCUCCAGAGUCAGCAAGAGUGAUGAAGGACUGUACGAGUGCCGGGUGACACGAGCUAACUAUGGAGAAAUUGUGGAGUACAAAGCUCAAGCCUGGCUCAAGGUCAACACAACAGCCAGGCCACGACGACCACUGCCACCUCCCAAGAAGAGCUCUCCACUGCACCUGACAGACAAGAAGCCAAGAAAGUCCACCUCACCUCUGGGCCAGGAUAGCAUGAGUUCAGACCAGAGGACAGCCUCCACUUCCACCUCUCACACAGCCUCCAAUACAGCUAAACACAACCCCGGUUCAGGUGCAAGAAUAUCAUCCAGCCAUGGACUAGCCGUCCUUCUUCUGGUGUGUGGUUUGGUGAGGCAUGCCUUGUUAUAAUGUGAAGAACUAAUAUGGUUUGUGGCCAGAUCUCUCUCUCUCUCUCCCUCUCUCUCUCUCUCUCUCUUUGUGUCUGUCUGUUUACUCUCAAAGUGAACGAGAAAAUUGCCUGUACCCCUGCCAUCCCGCCCCACCCUGCAAAAUAGACAACAUAGUUUGUCCUCAUUGCCCAGCCACUAGGACUCUCCAACACAUUUUUAGCCACUGAAAAUACCUUUAAAUCUGUUGGAUUACCUUUUGUAAAGAUUUCGACUUGACACCAUCUGAAGUUCAACGUUCCCCUGUAAAAAUGGACUCUGAUCUUGCUGGAUAAUUCUCAUGGAAGACAUUGUUAUGUUUCUCUGUUCCACUUCAUGUGCUUAUUGCUCAAAAGUGAACAAGAAAAAAAGAGCAUCUACAUUUGUGUAAAAUAGCAGUUUUUGUUUGUUUGUUUGUUUUGUUUGCUUGGUGUUUUGGAGAAACACUUGACAGUUUCUGUCUGUGCUGUAUACAUGGCUGUGGAACUCCAUUGUGAGUAGGCACCCUGGCCCUCUCAAUGAAACAAAAUAUAUUAAAGUACAUGUUAAUUUAGACCUAAAAUCAAUGAUCCGGUUAAAAACAAAAGGUUAAACUAUUCAUUUUUCAAUGGCAUUGGUCAUCCAAAUUUUCUAAUUUGAAUCAUUUUAUAUCUUGUUAGUGAUACAUGUACAGGUGUGCAUGCUUUUUGGUCUGAAGUUUUAAAAAAAGCGGAACAAACACUACCAAUCAAAAGUUUGGACACAUUUUCCUCUUCAGUUCAAUGAGAAAAGGAGUCCAAAAGUUUAACUGAUUGUGUACGUGAUUUGAACUACAUAAGUCAACAGUUGAAGUUCAUUGUUACUGCUAGUUAAAUUUAGCUUUUAUUUUAAUGUGCUAGCUUUGGUGUGAAAAAACUAAUUGUCAAUUGUUAUUUGAAUCUAUACUGCAUCUUCAAUAGGAAUAAAAAGCAAGAGUCACAAUUUAAGACUCUGUCAAAAUCCUACUAUGUGACCACUGGAUCAUUACAUUAAAUUGCCCUGCACCACUUUUUAAAUGCUUUAGCUGCUGUGUAUUUCCCUGUUAUGUCUCAUUCUUACAGAGGGUGAAUGAGUAUUUACCCAUUGUGGAUUAUGAGUAGUGCUAGUUUGUAUUUUGUUAAUGCUAACACACAAGGACACAUACACACAUUUACAGGUAGAUGUUAUAGUGGCUGGAUGAUGACAUGAGAUGCAGUGCAAAAGAGAGUAGACUCGCUCAUCAUCAUUAUGUUUGGCAGAAAGAAUUUAGUUCUCACAGUAAUAUAUUUUUAGCUUUAUCUUCAGAUAUACCAGAGAUUUUUAUGCACACAGAGCAUUUAUAAGCAAAACGCUUUGACAAUCUGACACAAACACAGGCUUACUGUAGGUGUUGUUUGGUUUUAUGGUGAAACAACUCCUAUGUUCAGAUCACUACUAUGAUACAGUAUAAUCUCCAGAAUAAAUGGGAUUCUUUUGUUGUUAACUUUUGAGCUGAAAAGGAAAUUAUACCCAUCCAUCAAAAAUGCUGUUGUUUCACUGAGAUAUUUAAACUAGUUGAUUUGUGUCCAGAAUCAUACUAUACAUGAAUGUUAUCCACAAAUGUAAACAGCUGCCAGUGCAGCAGCUGUUUUAUUUUAGUAGACACUGAACCUCUAAGCACACAGUAAUUUUUUUGCUCAACUGAUGCCCAAAAUUUACACCAACAUUAAGGUAUACAAACAUAAAGCAUGAUUAUCUAGUUUCUCAAGUAUUGUAUAAUCUAACAUCCAUACAUACAGUAACAUACAUAAUUAUUGUGCUGUGCAUUUUCAAAAAGCAAAUCACUUUGAGCUUUUAUUCCACUGUGCAGAUAAAGCAAAAAUCUCCCCUCUGUAGUUGUACUGCAUUCUGGAAAAAAAAGGCAGGGAAACCUGUCAAUUCAGCAUUGAGGUUAAAGGAUUCAAAGGCUGAGAGAGCAUGUCAUGUUUUGGGAUCAGACCAGAGCCAUCUCCUGAUCAGCAGCUUCCAUCUGUGUAUACAACAUCUGGGGGACAAUAGAGGGCAACCCUGUCUUAACCCUCAAGUUAAAUAGCUGCAGGGUAUAUUGGAGAGUUAACGCAGCAUCACUGUCAUAUCCAUGCCACUCUGCUUUGACUGGAAAUCAAUUACUGCAUUUUGAAAUGAGACAUGUUACGGAAUGUGGUUCAGAUUACUUAGUUUGUCGAAAACAAGUACGGAUUAUUUUAAGCACUGAGAAUGAGAUUUGGAUUUUGAUUCUUUUGGAAUUAUGUUCAAGCACUUCGGAGAGAGCGUGCACAGUUUGAGCAGACAUUUAUUCAACUCAUGUAAAAAGUUACAGAUCUGUAAAAACUGUAAAUAAAAUAAUCAGCAUGUUAACUUUUUUUUUUAAAUCAAAUUAAAAAGGCAGAGGCCAGUGAUGUUCUGUACUUGUAACAAUGUUGUCAAGUGUUAAGUCCAAAGUUGCUCUUCAUUUCUUCAAAAUGAACUUGAAAUCAUAUUUAACAAAAAAUAUAUAUCUAAAUACAUUAGAAACUUCUUUAUAAAGCUUUCAUUCUAAUCUAAGGGGACUCACUUAAUGCUGGGUCUUUGCAACAUAUUGAAUAACAAAGAAUUAUUGGCAUCGUGAUUAAAAUGACAUUGUGAUCAGAGUGAUGAAAAAUGAUGCUUGGUAAAAGACUAAGUCUUGAGUUUGGGCUUUGAUGGAGGCUGAAAUGUUUACAAGCAUCAAGGUCUCUGUUACCAAAGAGGAGAACAGUUCACAGUGCUACAUUGCUAUAGUAGCAGUUCCGUCAUCCAGGGAUGUUAUUUCAGAAACAUCACACAACCACUUUUAUGUUUUGCUACUCACCCAUUCUAGAUGUAUUUGCUUCUUCUAAUGUAUUUCAUUUCAGUGCAGUCUUGUCUGUUUGUUGAGCUUUCAAAAAUUCUGAUGAAUUAUAAUUUUCUUUUCUUUGGUAUUGUGUGAGGCUUCUGUACUGGAACAUUUCAACUGUUUGUAUUAUAAUGAAAAUAUCAGAAUAAUAUUUAAAUAAACCAUUUUCACAGAUGAAAUUCAAACAGUGAGGGAUUCCAUCUGUCUGGCUGGUGAGUUUUAUGGUGUGUGUGUGGAGAAAUUGCUGACGGUGCCAAACACUGGCCCAGUUUUCAAAUCAGAGAAAAAAAGUUACUUUUGUGUGAGCUUAAUCACUUUUGAUAGUACUUCUGCACAAAAUCAGAGCAGCCUUCAUUUAAACAGCCACUAGAUACUGAGCAAUGGAAAACACUGCACGUGAUUAGAAACAUAUAAAAUUUAAUAAGUAUUGCCUGACCACAGUAUGUAUGAUUACUGUGUGUAUUUCUGUUGAUUGCCAUAAUUUUGUGAUUUUU